CACUCCCAGCCGGUCUGACUGAGUCCUAAGGCGUUUAAGGGGGGAAAAAAAACCUCACUGACGAACUAGCUGGAUGUCAGCACGGCAACCGUUCAGGCAGGAGCUGUUUGGUUUCACCCAGGAUUUUCUGUGGAAAAUAAGUUAGCAGAGGAAAGAGCCCCUGACCAGGGACCAGCUGGAUCAGAUCGGAAUUAACCUGUACUCCCAGAGGAUACUGAGAAGGCCUUGAACAGCGUGGAAGUCAACCUGCAGAAAGAAAUAGCACCUCCACCCCACACAUCUGUUCACACACUCCUCCUGUCCAUAAAGAAUCAUGGAGUUACAGAAACUGGCCAAUGGGAACCACCAUGGCCUGAGUCCAGAGAAGAUUAAUCUGGAUGAUGGGUUUGACGGCGUUGAAAGUGUUGCAACAGAAAGCGAGGAGUUUCUACCUCACAGCCAUGAUGGGAAGAAACAGCCACAAUUCACUGAUUUCGAGGGAAAGACCUCAUUUGGGAUGUCUGUCUUCAACCUCAGCAAUGCCAUCAUGGGGAGUGGAAUUCUGGGAUUGGCAUAUGCCAUGUCCAACACUGGCAUCAUCCUCUUCCUAUUCCUCUUGACAUUCAUUGCCAUUCUGUCUGCAUACUCCAUUCACCUCCUGCUGAAGAGCGCAGGCGUUGUGGGCAUCCGCGCGUAUGAGCAGCUGGGAAACCGGGCUUUCGGGCCCCCGGGCAAAGCUCUGGCAGCCGUAAUCAUCACCAUACACAACAUCGGCGCCAUGUCCAGCUAUCUCUUCAUUGUGAAAUAUGAGCUGCCUCUUGUCAUCCAGGCCUUCCUCGGGAAACAGAGCAACACUGGAGAGUGGUUCUUAGAAGGGAAUUACCUGAUCAUCAUCGUCAGCAUCGUCGUCAUCCUCCCCCUUGCACUAAUGAAACAGCUCGGUUACCUGGGGUACACCAGUGGCUUCUCCCUCACCUGCAUGGUGUUCUUCCUCAUCUCGGUGAUCUACAAGAAGUUCAACAUUCCAUGUCCAUUAGACGACAUUAGUGUCUCUCUCAACUAUACGGAAGAAGACACCUGUCAGAGUGAACUUUUCACCAUUAACCAACAGACGGCAUACACCAUCCCCAUCCUGGCCUUUGCGUUUGUUUGCCACCCAGAGGUGCUGCCCAUCUAUACGGAACUGCGCAACCCAACCAAGAAGCGCAUGCAGACGGUGGCCAACAUCUCCAUACUCGCCAUGUUUGUCAUGUACCUGCUCACUGCUAUCUUUGGCUACCUCACCUUCUAUGUGAACGUGGAGGCGGAGCUCUUGCACACCUACAGCAAGGUGGACCCCCUGGACACGCUGGUGCUGUGUGUGCGUCUUGCCGUGUUGGUGGCUGUCACCCUCACCGUGCCCGUUGUUCUGUUCCCGAUCCGGAGGGCGGUUCUGCAGCUGCUGUUCCCAGAUAAGCCAUUCCACUGGGCUCGGCACAUUGGCAUCGCCAUUUCGCUGCUCUUCAUCGUCAACCUGCUCGUCAUCUUUGUGCCCAACAUACGCGACAUCUUCGGCCUCAUCGGAGCCACUUCCGCUCCCAGCCUGAUCUUCAUCCUGCCCGGAAUAUUCUACAUUCGCAUCGUCCCCAGCGAUGUGGAACCCUUGAAAUCCCGGUCAAAGAUUCAGGCUGCCUGUUUUGCCGGCCUGGGUUUUGUGUUCAUGGUGAUGAGCUUGUCUUUCAUCGUGGUGGACUGGGUUUCUGGAGAGAGCCGGAGCGGGGGUGGGCACUGACAUUCAGCGAUGCCAAUGCGCCAAAUGGAACAGGACAUUUACUCUCAAUCCAGCAUCUGGUACCCCCCCCCCAGUCCCCCAACACACAUACACACCUAUUUACCCAGUCCAGUAAACCGCCAAUGUUAAGAUUGACUUGACACCGUCCGCAUGCAGAACAUACAGACUCUACUUCCCGUCUCAUUCCCAGAUAAUUUUUCCCCUGUCCUCAGGUUAGUUUUACUGUAUUGUUUAUGAGAAUAAUGACAGUCCUGUCUCCCAGGAAUCUGCAGCUCUCUUAAUGUGCUGCCCUGACCAGUUGCUCUGUGCUCACGCUGAGAGGUGGGAGACAGAAGAAAAAAACAGUCAAAUUCUUCUCCCAGUACAUUCUUCUCCCUCACUUAACCUGCAAGGAACAUAUGCAAAUUACUGUCAGCUGUCUGAUGUGGUUGUCAGUAAAUUAGAAAAUUAGGUCAUAAAAUAAUAAAUAGAUUAUACAUAUAUUUUAUCCUGCAACUUGAAAUGGAAAGAUAAUUUUAUUCCAGUUAUAUUUAUAUUUUGCAAAAAAAAGCAAAUGUGAAAGUAUUUAAAUUUCUCCCUCUCCCUUUUGCAAAACAAAAGGAAAACAUUAGUUUUAGUCUUUGUGCCAUUUAUUUAAUCACAAUGUAUAUACAAACAUAUCAGUAUGAAAAAACUGUAAGUGUUGUUUGUUAUACCAGUAGGGUGGUUUACAAGAAAGCCAUUCAGUCCUGCGAAUGUAAUUGGUCAGCUCUGAGCCAGCUGACGGUUUACAGUGUGUAUUGGUCGAUAAAUGUUCCUGUGCAGUCUAUGACCAAAAAUUGUAUGAACCUGAUGAAGUAUUUGUGUAUUUGUUUUAAUACUUUAUAACUUGCAUUAAGGAUUAAGCUCUCCAUACCCACCAGCUAGUGUGUUGGCUUCAGCUUUUCCAUCGAUAACUGUUUCCAAUAGAAAUUCAAGGGAUAAAAACAAAGGCUUGUAGCUGUGUGGAAAAGCACCCGCCGAGAAAGGUGUUUCCAAACUGCUACGUUGGGUAAAAACAGAAUCAGGAGAAUUGAGGCCAAAUUCAUACAGCAAGCAAUUGCAUUAAAUAACCAAAAGAUAAGCUGCGUAUGAAUGUAAACCUUUUCCCACCAGCCUUGUUGCAUAUUUAUACCAUAUAUUUUCUGUUUUUUUUUCUUCAAAAUUGUUGAAUUAGCAGAAAUGAUGAGGCAGUUGUGUUUUUUAACAAACACUUUUAUUUUGAGGUUCACUACACAUAUUUCCAGCAGGCAAGGUGGACUGAGUUAGGACAUGACAUUAAUUCUAGUCACAUGAAAUAAAGCCCAUGGAUGUGUAGUUGUUGUUUUCUUUUUCUAAAAUGUCUCCCUGGACUGUUCGCUGUCCAUCAUAAUAUCAUCUUUCCCUGAUUGGGGAAAAGGCAAAGGGGAAAGAGAUCAUUUCUUCCCUCUGUUAUUAGAGAGCCAAAGAAAGAAGGGCCUAUUUUACCACUGUCAUAAAUGGCCUUGGAGUAAGUCCAUAAAAUAUAUUGAUGUGUUCUUCUAUCUGUAAAAGAUUAUAGAUUUAAAGAUUUUUGCUGUUCACAUGAAGUUAUUUUGUAUAAUAAUUGUAGUCUUGUCUGAGAAAAAGGCAUGCAAAUUGAAUAUUUUUAAAUGAUACACCCAUAUUUGUGUGUGUUUGUACAUGUGUUCACAUGUGUUUAUAUUUCAAGAAAAAGAGUUAAAAUGCACAAAUUAUUUGUUCCUAUUUGACCAAUCCAAGGACAUUUUGGUGAGCAUUUGAAUGCUCCUUUUUGAUUUGUAGUAUUUAUCAAGAGAGUUCCUGGGGGAUACUGGCGCAAAAGUAUCAAGUUCUGUUUUUUGGUCAGUUGUAUCACAAAAUAUUUGUCAAGGUCACAGACGUGCUCUCUUUUUAAAUAAAGAUGAAUAACUCUUUAAUAAAUUUAAUAACUGUUGAAUAAUUA